AUGAUUGAAAUAUUAGGAUGUCAUAAAAUAGAAUCUGUUGCAAUUAUGGAAAAAUAUGGAAAUACAUUUAAUUAUUCAUAAUUGAGUUUAGUUAAAGGAAUAAGAUAUUUAACUUCUAAUUUUUUACUUUGUGGAGAAAGUAGAUGAUUCAAAGAGUCUAAAAAUUAUAUACAAUAAGAUAUUUUGAAUAGCAUAAGGAGAUAAUUAUUUUAAAUAUUAUGACUACUUAUUUACUUAUACUUAUGCUAUUCUAUUACUUAAUACAGAUCUCUUUAACAAAAGUGUGAUCAAACAUACUGAUGAGGAAAGAGAAGAUGAUUUAUUGAAAGGAUUGACUAAACAAGAAGAAUAGCAACCUUAUAUUGGUAUCAACUCUCCCUAUGUAUUAACCAAUCAAAUUUAUUAAACUAAUAUUUUAGAAAAAGAAAGAUUGAAUUAAUUUAUAGGUGUACUAUUAGAUUCUAUUGAAAAUAUUACUGAUUUCAAAAAAGAAUACAUUAAGUUUGCAUAAAUAUUUUUUAUAUCUUUAUAAACCUUAAGAGUUAAUACUGAUAGAUUAUUAAAGUUUUCGCCUAUUUUAGUUAAAAUUCUCACUGAAAAAUAGAAAUUUGAAAGUAUAAUAAAGAUAUCAAUAAAAUAGAUAAUAUCAUCAUAUUGUGGUGAUACAUUAUCUAAAAUAAGUUAUAGAAUUCUUGCAUUAAGGAGAAAGUUUAGAAAACUAUUAUAAUUGUUUUUAAUAAGGAUUAGCAUAUUUAAUUGAUUAAUCACUUAAAAUCUUAGAAGAAUUCUUAAUUGAAAUACAGAAAUUCUUUAAGUAAAAAAGUGAAUUUGAUUUCUCUAUCAAUUUUGUUAAUAAUAUAGUUUAACUAUAAUUAACCAUAUUUACAGAAUUAGACUUAGAUUUAACAGAUGCUUAAAUCAUAAUGAAUUUAAUUUAAGAUAUUUUUGAAUAGAUUCAGAAAUAAAAAUCUGAUAAAAAAUUGGUUAAAUUCUUUGAAAACAUUUAGAAAUAUUAAGCCAAUUAUUAAAAUAAAGGUAAUUUAGAAAUGUUUCAUCUGUCGAUGGUGUCAUUGCUAAACACAACAUACAAAUAAUGA